AGAUCUGGGAGACGGCCAGGAGAAUGAUGCUGAGAGAAAGGGUGGUACGGAGGAAGAAGGCGAGAAGAGUGACGUUGGGAAUGAUGAGGGUAAUAAGGAGAAUGGUGGUAUACAAAGAGAUGACGGUGGCCCUAUGGACGUUGAGGUUUCCACAACCCCAGGUAUUGGUGCAGAAAACAGAGCUGAGGCCGACUUAGCAGCGUUAUACCAAGAAAAAGACAAACAGGCGCCAACCGAACACCCCUUCCCAGCUCUCACCCGACCAUCCUCCCAGACCCCCCAAUUGGGCUCGUUCAAACAUCUCUUCUCCAAGCCUAAAUACGACGUUGGAGCUGCCACACCUGCCAUGCAGAGCAUGCACCAUCUAUUCGAAGGUGUUCCCAUCUCUUGCGAGGGCAUCCAGAUGCCGAGUAUGGAUAGGGUAAAGACGUUCUUGAAGGAGGAAGGGAGGGGCAGGGCAGGUGAUGGGACACCAGCAAUGGAGGGCGUAAAACAGAUGAUGGGCACACCAGUAGCAUGGCAGCAGCAGGAGUCUAGUGGAAAGGAAAGCUAUGAACGUGAUGAUGGUAAUGACAAGACGGUGACUGAACAGGGACAUGCUGCUGUGCCGCAGACCAUUACGACGCGGCAUCGGACGUCCAGGUUAAAUGCGAAUUCCGGAACGGUGACAACGGAGGGAACGACUGUUUUGAAACUCGAGGAGGUACCAACUGAUGAUGUGCUUAGCUCCCCUGCAACUGAAGUGCCAGAAGCCGCACCGAGCAAGACGAAGCCAUUGAGAGUAAGGGAGCAGACCUGUAAACAACGAGCUGCGUCUUGUGUGCUGCUCCGGGGGCUCGUGUUUAUUUUAUUCCCCUUCCCCUUCUUCACACUUAGCUGAAGCCGUGGCGGCUAUCUGCAUCCUUGGAACCUAAAGCCGUGAGAGGCA